UAAUCACAACAAACGUCAAUCGACACCUUGCCGGCUGUCUAUUUUGAUUAUAUAGCCCCAUUAUAUAGCAUGUCCCAGUAGCUGAUCCGGAAUUACAAAUCAACUGAAAAAGGGCAAUAGUCGUCAUGAACUUUGCACGCCUGGGAUUCGAGCAGUUGCUCCUGCGAAGCCUCCGAACGCCCCGCCAAUCAACGCAAUGGCUGAUGAACCACCGGCGAUGGAUGGCCAGUGGUGUCACCUCCACCACUGCUGCCGCGGCAAUCAAAAAGCCGGUAUCACAUGCGACGCAGGUGAAGCCGGUGCCAUUGGCUGAGGAGCGCCUGGAGUCCAUACUGUCGCCCAAUCGCACCCGGCUCAUCCGAAAGAAGCGCCUGGCCAUCGACGAGCUGUCCGCCUUGGGCUUUCUCAAUGCGCGCGGCUACACCACCGCCGAGGAGUACAACCUGGAGGAUCUGCAGAUAGCACUCCGCCAGCAGAAUCUGUACGAGACGAAGCGCUUCUUCUCCACGGACAAUCUGGACGCCGAACAGAAUGUUCUGUUCGUGGCAGCCAAAUAUCCCACCGGCCAGCAGCCGCGUGAGAUCUUCUUUUUCCGCGAGGGAUCCGUGGUAUUCUGGAACUGCAGCGACAUUGAGACGAACAAUGUGCUGAGCUUCCUACGCUCAUUCGAACGCGAAUCGUAUGUGAGUGCACUGGUUCAUGGCGAAAGCGAAGUGAUGCCCUACACGUAUAUACCGUCGACGGCAGUGGAUGUGGAGGGUGAUCUGGUGGCGGAGAGUAGCGACUUUAAUGUCGCCUCACGUGCCUUCUUCCAGAAUGGCAAAUUCUUUGUGACGGCCGACACGGACAGUUUCCUGUACAAGUACACCUUCUCCAAUGCCAUGGCACAGUCGAUUAAGCUGGGCAUCUGGGAGGCAACGCUGAGCCGCUACAUCGACUCCAUAGAGCACUUGACGGAGGACUUGAAGCGGGGUCGCCGCCUGCGAAUUUCACGAGCGACAAUGCUACGCAAGACCGGUGAACUUUUUGCCCUGCGUCAUGUGAUCAAUCUGUCGUCGGAUCUGCUGGACACACCGGACUUUUACUGGGACCGUGAGGAGCUUGAGGCGCUAUAUCUGCAGGUCUGCUCCUACUUCAGUACCUCGCGACGCACCAAGGUGAUGAACGAGAAGAUCAAUCAUUGUGUGGAGCUGGCCGAGCUCGUAUCGCACAACCUGAACGAUGCCCAUCACAUUCGUCUUGAAUGGAUGAUCAUCAUCCUAAUCAUGGUGGAGGUGGGCUUUGAAAUUCUACACUUUGCCAGCGAUCACAAUGAGCCGCAUGCGUCGUCACUGGAGGUGGUGCCUUUGUCAGCCAGUCCUGCCACUGUUCCUGGUCUGAUGCCCAAAUAGCGACCCUAGCGAGCCCUUAUGUAAUAUAUGUAUAAAUGUACCUUCGUCAAAAUGUAUACUUAUUAUGUAUUAGAUCGUUUAGAAGUCGAAAUAAGUAACAAAAUUAUCCGAAUGCUAAGUGCCAAGCCAUCUCGCAAUUCCUUUAACAAUAUAUUCAGUUAUUUUGUAAUAUUAUCUCGCAGCUUGUCUGCCUCAUCAUUCGUUGUUACUUCCCUUUCAAUGUCAAUUGAUAUUCAUUCAUUAAAUAUAGAUGGACUUACUAUAAA